AUGCGCAGCAAGCGCGUCGACAGCGCAGCGCAGCAGGUCGCGGACGCAGCAGCAGCAACUGCAGCAGCAGUGGAGAAGCCCGAAGAGCUGCAGCGGCUCGCAGCAGCAGCAGCUGCUGCUGCUGCUGCGCCUGCAGCAGCAGAGGCAAGAGAUGCUGUGCCCGCGCUGCCGCAGCUGCUGCGAGGCCUCAAGAAGCUGCUGCACUUCUGCUUCGUGUCGCUGCGGAAGCUGGUUUUUGCUGAAGCAGCUGGGGGGCCCCCCGAGGGCCCCCGCAGCAGCUUAGAGGCCCCUCAGGGGGGCCCCCCAAGGGGGCCCCCGGGGGCCCCCCCAGAGGGGCCCACUGAAGAAGACAGAGCUGCGCAGGCCUGCGCAACAUUUGUGGAAACCCUGUUCCUGCUGCUGCUGCAGACGGAGGAGCUGCUGCAGCCGCUGCUGCUGCUGCAGCAAAGCAGCAAAUUCCUGGAUAUCAUUCCUGCCGUGGUCGCCCUGUGGCUAGAUCCUCCCCCAGCAACAGCAGCAGCAGCAGCAGCUGCAGCAGCAGCAAGCGCGCCAGAGUCGAGGCAGGGCAGUGCUGCGAACAGCCAGACGUCCCUGCUGCGGCCUGUCCCGCCGUCGGGGCAGCAGCAGCAGCAGCAGCAGCAGCAGCAGCAGUCAUUGUAUGAAAUAUAUAUGAAGGCGAGCCCGGAGACUGCCGAGUGUCUGCUGCUUGUUGCGCAGCGAAUUCUCA